UAACUGUUUUGUUGCUAUCUUCAAAGGAAUUAAUUUUUAUUUUAAGAAGGCCCAAUACGAACACCAAAAAUUUGUUCUAAUUCUAAUUAUUUGGGAUGUUUUGUAUUGAAAUUUGCGUUUAGUUUAGAAACAUGUUACAACUAUUGAUUUGUCCCAAUUUCUAGGAACUUGCACUGCAAUGAAGCAUAUUUUACCUUCAAAAUCGGUGACUAUAGCCUUAGGGCUCUCGGUCUGUGGCAUAGGUGGUUACUUAUUGUAUCUUCUUUUAAAAAAAGACGACGAAUAUAAAGCAACCCAAAAAAGAUCCAACUACAAAACAUUGGAGGUCUCUAUCCCGAAGGAACACGUACGAUCAUUCAUCGGACGCAAUGGCAAAAACAUUAAGGCCCUCCAGGAGGAGUCUCAUACGAGAAUUUCGUUUAAAGACGACGACAACGACGAGCAACGCACGUGCGUGAUUCGAGGUAAUCGGGACGCGUGCAUUCACGCGAAAAGUUUAAUAUUGGAAUUUAUUGGUGCCCAACCGGUAUUGAAAAGCGACGAAAUGAUCGUGCCCCAAAAUGUGGUUGGCAAAAUAAUCGGAAGGUGCGGAGAAAACAUAAUGGAAAUCACGACACGGUCCGGUGCGAAGGUGACCGUUUGCAAUGACAAAGCCGCAGCACACCGAAAAGUUCUGUUGAAAGGCACCGAGGAGCAAAUAAAUUGUGCUAAACUCUUAAUUACUAACAUCAUUAAAACGUACCAACUAUCACAGAACGAGCUAGACUCGACUCUGGCGAAACGAGAACCUCGAGCACCGCCAAAAUCGCCUACUGUAAAUGGUACUAAGGGGGACGCCUUGGACUCGCCAACCAUGUUGAACGGUAGUCCGAAAGUGGAAAGAAUGUCCCCCUAUCCCGGACAAACCGGUGCACAAUUCGAAGUGUACAUCUCGGCGAUGCUGGACCCGUCUCACUUUUGGAUGCAAAUUGUCGGACCGAAGGCGACCGAGUUGGAUCAGCUGGUCGAGGAGAUGACCGAGUAUUACGCAAAGGACGAGAACAGAGACUUGCACGUUCUUAACUCGUUGGAGGUCGGCGAUGUGGUCGCGGCUGUAUUUAAGUUUGACAAAAAAUGGUACCGCGCAGAAGUCUUAAAAGUAAUGGAUAACGGCGGCGAUUCGCAUGUCGAGCUGUAUUACGUCGAUUAUGGGGACACCGACGUGAUUCCGUCCAAGGAAGCUUUCGAAUUACGAACUGACUUUUUGAGAUUGCACUUUCAGGCGAUCGAGUGCUUCUUGGCACAAAUCGAGCCGAAAGAUGGCAAGUGGUCGGAUGAAGCGCUGGAUAAGUUUGAGGAGUUGGCUCACGUGGCCCAGUGGAAGAAGUUGCUGGCGAAAAUUAAUUGUUACUGGAAUAGAGAGAAGUUGACUGCUAAAAGGGAGAGUUCGCCUGUGCCUGGGAUUGACUUAUACGAUUUUAACAAUGAUACGGAUGUUGAUAUUGCAAAGGAGCUUGUCGAUCACGGGUAUGCUGUCUUUAAGAACGGAUGUGAUCCAAAUUUGUCAUGAUUAUAGCAAUAUUGUUGCCAUUCUCAUUUCUUUUUGUAUUAGUAAAAAUAGUGUAAAUUGUUUAUUGUAAGGAUAACCAGAAGUUUUAAUUACAUACAUUGUUUUGUUAAGUAAAA